CACUGUAACCCUCGCUCCCUACCAUACCUCGCGGCGCCGGGGCGGAACGUUCCGCCCGUUAUACUACAUCUGUCAAGACGCGAACCAAGUGAUGAUUUCCAUACGACAGACUGCUUGUCCACAUUUGCGCGUCCACAUGUAAUAAUAAUUAAGAAAAGUCUCUCAGGUCUCGGAUCGAUCCUUUUGCAGUUUAGUUGCUAAACAUAAAAAAAAAGAUGUUGCGCCCGACUUUGAUGCUCCUUAUUCUCUCAUCAGCAAUCCACUCGUCGCGCCAAGAGAUUAUUGAUGACAUACUGGAGAGUUUAUCGAAAGGAGUGACUUUCUUUGAAAAGCAGUGCAAGAAUAUCAAUCUGGAUGGCGUAGUUGGUUAUAUGAUUCUGAAGGCACAGUUACAGGAAGCCACGAGGUCCUGGCCAAAUUCAGACUUCCUCAGCCUCUUUCAGCGCUCCAUAGCAGUGUCUUUAGUUAAAAAACUGGACAGAAGCUUGUCUCAUGCGAUCACCUCUCUUCAGGAGACAGACCCCAAAUAUUACAAAGAGUUUGAGCCCAUCUUGGACACGUCAUUUUGGUCUUUGCCUCGUGAAUGGAGCUUCACGGAUCCCACUCUUGUGUACUCCUCAACAAGAAGCGCAGAGUGUUAUGAUGAGCAGCAGGGUGACAAAUGCAUGACACUGCUUCUAGGAACAUGGAAAGACAACGGGACACCAUGCAUCGUGACAAAGUCUUGCAGAGACACAAUGACACGUUUUGGAUGUCCGCACUAUUCACUGUCUCACCAGCUACUGUACUUCAUGAUUGGGAAAAUGGUAUCAGUCAUUCCCUGGCUAACACUUGUGUCCUCUCAGAAAGGGUGUUCCAGGAUGCUGAAGGGGGACAUGAGGCUGUCUCGCAUCAACAUUACUGUGGAACACUAUCAGAGGAUAUACUGUUCAAACAUGAUGAAGGGCAAUCAGGAGAUUGUCAGCAAUGGUUUCUCUGCUCAAAUACAAGAUAUAUUCAUAGAAAACAUUCUUUUAUGUGGUUUGGCUGGUUUCUCUGACUUUUAUAAACCAGACUGGUUACAGCAUAUUCUGGCAUGGCAAGACAAAAAUCUGGGUUGCUUUGGGAAAGAUGAAGACUACUCAGAAAUGUUUGAGGAAUUUUUGGAUACACCUCACAAACGAGUGAAAAGAAGAGAAAAAACUUUAAAAGAUGGCUGCUCAAGUCACAUGACAGGGGUUGCAAUGAGUGCACUGGGUGGUUAUCUCAACUUCUACCUGGCUGAGCAAGACAUUACAAAGAGACCCCUGAUCUAACUCUCCAACAGUAUGGCUAUGGACCUCUUUACAAAACAAUUACAAACCAAUACCUUCAUUAAUAUGUAUUUAUUCCAUAGAAGAAAAAAAGAAAAACAACCUGUACAUUUUUAAAUAGUAUAUUAAAUGGAAGCAACAUUUUUGGUAAAAUAUCACCAUUUCACUGAUAAUUAUACUUACAAAAUUAAUGCUUAAAUGUAGUUCACAUAAGGUUGGUACUCAGUUAAACUAGGUUUGUGUUUGGAUUAAUAAAGGCCUCUGGGUGCAUAAUGUCCCAAAGAGCAUUCUUAUGAAUGAAUGAAUAAAUGACUACUAUUCUUAAUAAUGAAUGAAUGAAUGAAUGCAUUCCAGUAACAGGAUGCCCUCCAAGCUGCAUGGAAAGCAAUAGGAAUAUCCAGGAUUUUGGCUAAUAACCAAUAACCAAG